CGAGCGGGUUUUUCCUGUCCCCGCAGCCCCGGUGAGUCACGGGAGAGGCGGCGGCAGCAGCCUGAGACCCGCGGGGACAGUAACCCCUCCUCCCCGCCCGCUCUGCGCCCCCCACGUGUGUCCCCGGCCGGCCCCCGACAUGAGGCUGAUGUGGGGAAGGGGCUGACCCCACACCGUGCCCCCCACGUCCCCGUGUCGCCAUGGCCUCCCAGCCGCAGCCCCUGCACCCCGCCGUGCCCUGCUCCUCCCCUGCCAGCCCUGGAGGGGCCGGGCUGGCCGGCAGCCCCGAUAAAGGCAGCGUGCGCCCCAAGCCACCGGUGCGGCCCAAGCCCCGCGUGCUGCCCAAGCCGGCCGUGCCCGCCAAGCCCCCGGUGCCGCCCCCCGCGCCCGGCCCGCGCCACCCCCGGCCCGAGCUGCCCUCGGCCGAGAAGAUGAACCGCCUGGCCGGGCCCCAGCCCUACAGUGGGGCGGGCGCGGGGGGGCCCCUCCGGCGCCCCUCCUUCACUGUCAGAUCGCCCGAGACCCACAACGGGAAGGGGAUCUCAUCGCCCCUGGUCACAGGCACUGAGGAGGAGGCGUCCCCAGCCCCACCAACCCCCUCACGCAAGGGCCCAGCACCCUUCAAGGUGACGCCAGUGCCGGUGGCCGCCAGGCCAGAGCGGUUCCCGGGCACCACCGUGGAGGAGAUCCUGGCCAAGAUGGACAGCAGGGAGGGCCCAGGCAGCCCCGACCGUGCCUGGCUCUCACCCUUGUGCACCGACCCCUCCUCCCGCUUCGGUUCCAAGACCUUUGCUGCCUUCCGGAGACGUCCCGGCGGGGAGGCAGAUGGAGACCCCGCCAGCGAAGCCCCCCAGACGCCCCGACCUGCCGCAGGCGAGCUGGGAAGGGGGGCUGAUGGACACCCUGUGGCUGAGAUGAGCAGCUCCCCCCCAGCUGGGCCGAGCUGUGCCGGGGACCCCCGCGGACGCCGGAGGCCACCAUCCCCUCCUGAUCUUUCCACUCUACAGCUGGGUGCUCUCGGACCUCCAGGCUCCCCAAGGCCCCCCACCUGCCCACCCCCGGCCCCAGGAGCUCCUUUCCAGCCUGCUGAGCCCUCUGCCCCAGCCCCUGGCUCCCCUGAUGCCCCCCCUGAGCUCCUGGCCCCUGACUCCCCCACACUGCCCCCUGGUUCUCCCAAAUCCCCCCCUCAACCUCCAGUCGAGGUCCCUGUCACCUCCAUCCAGGCCCCAGGCGCUCCCUCAUCCACCGAGCCCCAGCUCAGAGUCUCCCGUUCCCCCGGCUCCCCGCACACUCCAGGGGAGGGAUCCCCUGGCACUGCCAGCCCCCCUGGCACUCCUGAACUGCCCCCACGGGUCACCUGCCCUCCUGGCUCCCCCGAGGCUGCUGCUGAGUACCCGGGCCCCCGCAGUCCAGCACUUGCCAAAGCCUCCUGUCCCCCAGGCUCCCCAGAGGGACCUGAUGACUCCACAGUGUCCGCCCGGUCCCAUGAGGGUCCUGAUUUCAAUCCCCCUCCCCGGGAUGUGGGGCUCCGGCGCUCCUCAGAGGGGGUGCUGCGGCCCCCGCCCACAGGGCAGGGCCUGGGGGAGCUGGGGGGCUCGCUGAGUGCCCUGCCCCGGCCCGGAGACCUCCUGUCAGAGCCCUCCCUGGGCAGCGAGUCCGGCUGGAGCCUUUCCCAGUCCUUCGAGUGGACAUUCCCGUCGCGGGGGCCACGCUUGCCAGCCUUCCCUCCCCGCUCCCCCAUCCGGGAGACACCUGACUCAGGGCUCUCCGAAGAGGGGGAGUCAGAUGGGGAGGCUGUGGCCACCAGCCCUCCAAAGGACAGCAGGUCUGAAGGACCUGACUGCCAGCAGGCAGAGGGGGCUCCAUGCCCAGGGGGUCCCGUGGCCCAGCAAGAGGCUGAGGGCGGGGUGGAGGAGGAGGAAAAGGAAAGGGAGGCAGAGCAGGAUGCUCCCAUGUCCCUCUCCCCACUUCAUGAGACAAAACCUGGCCAGGACCCAGCUGAGUCCCCCACCCAGCCCAGCCUCACCACAGCUGCCCCUCUGGAUCCAGCCACAGAUCCAGCUGCUCCAGCUGACUCUGCCUGGGCAGGUGAUGGCCCCAAGAGCCUGCAGGGUCCGGGGGGCCCAGGCCAGGCUGAAGGACCCUCACAGGACCCCGACCCCCACGCUGACCCAGGCUGGCUGACAGAGCUGUUGGCAUCACCUGGGGUCCACGGCUCUCCAGAGAACCUGCUGGGCUGGUCACAGAAGGACCUGUGCAGUGAGUUCGGCAUUGGCCGCCCUCGCCAGGACAGCACCUUUAACUGGAGCCACCCAGGUGUGUCCAGGGAGAGAGACUGGCCUGUAGAGACCAAGCAGGAUCAGGAAUUUGGGACCAAAUCCAGCUGGGACAGCACCAGCAGCGACAAGGACAGCACUGCCCGGGAGAGCUGGAGCGGUGACUACAGAGCAACAGAGCUGAUGGGGGACACAAAGCUGGGCUGCAGCGACUGGUCCCCCUCCCUUGGCACUGGGAAGAGCUGCCCGCAGGAUCCAGAUUUCAGUGCCAGCACAGCCAAGUGGGGCCAGGGCUAUGGCAGCACGGAGGAGCUUGGCUCUGGACAGGCUGGCUGGGGCAGCGGCCUUGGCACAGGACAUAUCCGGCAGCAGGACAAGGAGCCGCGCUCCGGACAGCCCGCCUGGGCGGGCGGGUACAGCGACAGGGACACCGAGAUGAAGGACAGGGAGCUCACCUCAGACUGGGCCAGUAAAUACAGCAGCCAGGGUGCUGGGAGCAAGGACGAGAAUUUAACGCUGGGUUGGGCUGGCAGAUCCAGCACUGGCGAUGCUGGGAGCCCAGAGAAGGAGCACGGCCCCAGCCAGCCAGCCUGGAACAGCAGGUAUAACUCGAGGGACAUGGAGAGCCAGGACAGGGAGUUCAGCCCCAGCCGGCCAGCCUGGACUCAGGAAUACAGAGACACAGAAAGACAGGACAGGGAGUUCAGCCCCAGCCGGCCGGCCUGGACUGGUCAAAUCAGGGACAUGGAAAGCCAGGACAGGGAGUUCAGUCCCAGUAGACCAGCCUGGACUGGUGAAUACAGGGAAAUGGAAAGCGAGGACCAGAAGUUCAGUCCCAGCAGGCCAGCCUGGGAUGACAGAUCCAGCAGCAGGGACACAGAGAGCCAGGACCGGGAAUUCAGCCCCAGCAGGCCAGCCUGGGAUGACAGGUCCAGCAGCAGGGACACAGAGAAGCAGGACCAGGAAUUCAGCCCCAGCAGGCCAGCCUGGGAUGACAGAUCCAGCAGCAGGGACACAGAGAAGCAGGACCAGGAAUUCAGCCCCAGCAGGCCAGCCUGGGAUGACAGAUCCAGCAGCAGGGACACAGAGAAGCAGGACCAGGAAUUCAGCCCCAGCAGGCCAGCCUGGGAUGACAGAUCCAGCAGCAGGGACACAGAGAGCCAGGACCGGGAAUUCAGCCCCAGCAGGCCAGCCUGGGAUGACAGAUCCAGCAGCAGGGACACAGAGAAGCAGGACUGGGAAUUCAGCCCCAGCAGGCCAGCCUGGGAUGACAGAUCCAGCAGCAGGGAUGCAGAGAAGCAAGACUGGGAAUUCAGCCCUAGCAGGCUGGCUGAAACCAGUGAAUGCAGCACCAGGGACCUGGAGACCCAGGAUGAGCUCAGCCCAAGCAGAGGAGCUUGGGGUGACAGAUCCAGCAUCCGGGACCUCGAAACCCAGGACAAUGAAUUCACAUCCAGCAGAGCAGCCAGGGAUGGCAGGCACAGCACUGGGAACCCGGAGACCUGGAAUGAGGAUUUGUUGUUCAGCCCCAGCAGAGAUGUCUGGGAUGACAGAUCCAGCACCAGGAAUGUGGAGGCCCAGGACAGAGAGUUGAGCCCCAGUGGAGCAGCCCAGGAUGGGCAGCACAGCUCUGUCACCCCCAGGGAGGAAGAGCAGGAGCUGAUCCCAGCUCAGCUGAGCUGGCCCGGUGAGGGCAGCGUCGGGCAGACUGGGCUGGUCACGGUUGGUGAGGAGGACAUGCCCUGCUCCCACCACCCCGAUUCCCCAACCCAGGAGCCCACCUGGGCCAGUGCCCACCAGCAAGACAGCUCCAGCAGCAGGGACUGGGCUGAGGAGCUUGGAGCAGCUGAGUGCCAGAACCAGUUCAGUGUCAUGGGGACACAGCGGGUGUCAGACCCCUGCAGUGCCAGAGCCUCGGAUGGCUCCGUGUCCAGGAUCCUGCCACAGCCCCAGGCAGGCUUGCACAGGGAUCUCUCUUUGGACAUGGGCAGUGGCCGCUGGAGCCAGGACCUGGACAGCUGGAGUGGGGACCCACAGGAUGCUGAGGCCAGGCGCCAGGAGUGGGCGAGUGCCUUCAGUGCCCGCUGUGCCGCCCGCAGCCGGGACCUUGGUGCGGGGGAGCAGAGCCUGGGAGGAGACACCGCUGCAGAGCACGGCAGGUCAGCCUCCAGCCCUUCGAUGGGUGACAUUCCAGCUGAUUCCCCGGCUAUGGAGCCCCCCCGGAGUGAGUCACCCGGCUCCUUCGAGGAGGAGAGGAAUCCCUCUGAGCCAGCUGCUGCCCCACAGAGCCCCAGGGCCCCCGCUCUGCUGCCAGAGGCUGCUGGUGGGAUCUCAGCGGGCACAGGAAGUGAGGAGCAGCCCUCAGACCACCCGGAUGGGGAGAGCUCCUCCAGCUGGGGGGAGCAGCGGCGCUCUCUGGUUACCUCCCAGGCCGAGGGCUCCAUGGAGCAGGGGCAGGAAUUUCCACUUCUGGAGCAGGACACAGAGCUCCUGGACAGCAGUGUGUUGCGCUGCAAGGCCAACCUGGGCCGCAAGCGCCAGCACCGGGCGCCAUCCCUGCGCCCCAGCGCCACCGACGGGGAGAGCUGGAUCUUCCGGGACUCCACAGAGCCCCGGGCAGCCCCGGCAGCAUCCUCCGACGAGGAGGCAGCAGAGGAGCCCCGGAGCCGGCGGAUGCGCGGCUCACCCUCGGGCAGGGCAGUCAAGGUGCCGCUCUUUCCCGGCCUCAGCGCCUCUGCUAUCAAGGCCAAGCUGAGGGGUCGCAACCGCUCGGCCGAGGAGGGGACAUCAUCAGGGGACAGCAAGGGGACCCCUCCUAAAGACCCCCAUGUGCAGCGCUCCAAGUCCUGCAAGAUCCCUGGUGUGAGUGGGAAACCGCCGACCUUGCCCCCCAAGCCAGAGAAAUCCUCAGGAGGAUCUGAGGCAUCUCCCCCGCACUGGCUGCAGGCGCUGAAGCUGAAAAGGAAGAAGCCUUGAGCGGGGCUUGCUCCCCGACGCUGAGCUGAUGGCCCACUGUCUGCUCCCAUGGGGACACACACACACACACCUAUGCACUUUGUACGAGCUCGCAGGGUCCCUGUCUUCUCCACACCUCCUCCCCACCCCCCCAUUGUACCCCAUGCCCUUGGUCCCCAAGGGGCUGGGGGUGGGCACGAGCCCACCCUUCCCGUCCCCCCCUGCUCAUGUAUGGCCCCGGACACAGGGCAACGGGUCCGGCUCGUGGUGCCGCUACCACAGACAAUAAAACCUCACUGGUCAGUU